AUGACCCCGACCGAUCGAGCUACGACUCCGAACGAGAGCGCCCAGCUCGAACAAUUGAGCGAACGGAUGCAAGGACUAGCUAUCCAGACAUCCGUAUACGACAAAGUUGAUGUUACCCUUUGGGAACAAGACAUCAAACCUGACGAGGAAGAUGAGAUCGCAGUUACGACGUACGCCGCUAGGUUCAUGUCCAAUGCCCAAUUCGAACGCCUAGAAGGAGACAACAUCCUUGACCACUUCCAACAACACUUCGAAGGCUGGAACCAAGACACAUGGAACCGGGUACAUAUGGACUACAAGAGAGCCCUCAGAUUACUUCUAAGGAGACGUGGCAUCUAUACAGGACGGGAAAAUGCCCAUCCGACAACCCACCGCUUCAGGCACCCCGAACUCGUCCAAUCCGCCCACAACCCCCCCCCACCCGACCCUCCAUCCGAGCCUAUGCACCCUGAAGCAUAUACAAAACUUCCCCCGGAUGAUACCCCGAAUGCCCCUGUUGACGCAGAUACCCAAUAUAUGUUCAUGAAGCUCUGGGACAAGGACCAGAACUACACAGGAGAGCCGUACGAUCUCCUCGACGACAAGUUACGAAUCUUCAUGAGCAUCUGCUACAACAUCCAAGUGAAACCGUCACAAUUUCACGCCCUUUUUCCCCGAAUCCUCGCCGGAAGAGCACAAACGUUCUACAUUGACAAGAUCGAAUGGACUACCACGUUUAGGAAGGCAUACGACAGCAUCAAACAACGCUUUGACACGGAAGUUAACCACGUCCAUUACUAUACAGAUUGGACCACAACCACUUUCAACUCGAUUCGUGCCCAAGAUGCCUCCAAAUCCCUCCAUGAAGUCCUUCAACUACUCUUCGAUAAGCUACAACUCUGUCAGAGAGCCCUUGGCCCUGACUACGCAGGAAACAUUCCACUGCGUACUACGCUUAUCAUCGCAUGCCGUGGUGUACCCGAACUUGAAUACGCCCUCUUCAAACCUGCAGAAAAGAUCGAGACCCUCUUUGCAGAUCUUCGAUCUUCCGUUGAGACCCAUCUUGCCCGACGAACAAACCUUCAAUUCACUCAAAGCCCUGAUGGAUCAUUUGAUCAAACGGACCCCAACGAUCAGUACUACCUCGAUCGCCGAUACCAUAACAACCGCGUACGAGGCUAUAACCGUGGAAGCCAUAGGCCCCAAAGCCGUGGCAACUACGCCCCUAGCUACACUAACCGCAAUGGACCAAAAAACUUUGGAACCUACAUUCUAGAUUACGAAGGCCAUGAGAUGGACGACCUGAACGACGACAAUGACAUAUGGGAAGAAAACGACAACGACACCAACAAUCACCCCAAACAGUGGCAAGCAAGCCAAAUGCUCUGUCAGCAAGCGUUUAACCAUUUGAUCACUGGAGAAGACGUUCGUCGUACAGAUCAGAACACUGUUCCCGCCUACCAAUUUUUCAUUGAAGAUCGCUACUCCAAGGACAAAUUUUAA